CCAAAAUUUACUGGAAACACAACUUUUUUUUCAAAAAUAAAUGUACUCUCGAGACAACUAAUAUUGGACAGAGGGAGUAUGAAAAUUGUAAAAAUAACCUUUUGAUUUUGAUUGACACCCAUUGUUUGUUGGGAAAUAAAAUGUGAAGAAUUUUAAAAUUUAAAUCUAAAUAAAUGAAACUUGAGAAUGACGACGAAGCACGUUGGACAUUUCAAUAAUCGAACUUCGCAGGAACACAGAAAGAAAAAUGAGUAGUCUACGUGUCACGGUCGUAGCCAAAAAAGAAAAGAAAAAAAGAAGGCAUCUUUCUGGCUGAAAUGGCCAUGGCCAUGGCGUCUUCCUGCUGCUCCUCCGUCUCCCAUGGCCGCCUCCGCCUCGUCCUGCCCACCACCGCCAGCAGCACGAUCCAGGCACGCCUCCGCCUCGUCUCCCGGUCCCGGAGACCCCUCCCGAUCUCCUCCUCCUCCUCGUCCGAGCCGCCGGCGCGCGAUGCCCACGCCGACGACCAACGCAACGGCUGGGCGGCGGCCACGGAGGAGGAGCAGGACCGCGACGAGCGGUACGGCUUCGAGAUCGAGGUGCGGAAGCUGCCGGAGCCGAAGAGGAACCGGAGGGUGGUGCGCGCCCGGGUGCGCGUCGGCGCGCCGCUGGAGGCCGUCUGGGCCACGCUCACCGACUACGAGGGCCUUGCCGGAUUCAUCCCGGGGCUAUCCGAGUGCCGCCUCCUGCACCAGGACGCCGCCUUCGCCCGCCUCUACCAGGUUGGGGAGCAGGACUUGGCGCUGGGGUUCAAGUUCAACGCCAAGGGCACCAUAGACUGCUACGAGGGGGAGAUGGAGGUGCUCCCGGCCGGGGCGCGGAGGAGGGAGAUCGCGUUCAACAUGGUCGAGGGCGAUUUCAAGGUCUUCGAGGGUAAAUGGUCUGUUGAAGAGGUUGAGGACAGUCUUGAUGAAGGUGGGGAAAACCCAACGGGCCAGGAAUUUCAGACUACACUUUCUUACGUGGUGGAGCUGGAGCCUAAGCUCUGGGUUCCUGUUAGGCUGCUGGAAGGAAGAAUUUGUAAGGAGAUCAAAACCAACCUUAUUUCGAUCAGAGAAGAAGCUGAGAGGAUCCAAAGAUUACAGAAAGAGUGACAACAAGAGACGGUUGCUCAAGGCUUUCUUACAACUCAAUUUUUGACGAUUGUUCUGCCUGCAGUCAUUAACAAAGGAAAUUCAGUAGAUACAAAUUGGCAUGCUUGCUUGAAGGUGUUGGGAAGGCUCCCCAAAUGCAUGUCUUUGCUCACUGUUCAUAGGUUCAUGGUGAAUUUGAAGUUUGGACUGCCAGUUUAUUAAAUCAAAAAUGCAAAAAAGGAGGGGCCUCUCCUGAACCCAAUCUUGCAGUUUAUGAUUUGUUUCUGGCUUUCUGCUACUCAAUUGAAUAGUGAGUGAUCUAUACACACGAUUUUUUUUUCCCGAUCAAGGGAGCUUUUUAUUGGACUGAGAAGUCGAUUAUACACGAUUUGGUAAUAAGAAGAUGUUGACAUCACACUAGUUAGAGGCAGCAAAUUGACAAUGUCCAGUUUCUGGUUGUAAUGUCAUUCCUGAUAUUGAUUCUACGUGUCCAGAUUCACUACAUAGUGAAUAGAACUGAUAAGUAGUUAUUA